UGCGUUUUCGAAAUUUAUAUUUCGUUGGCAAACAUCCACCAUUGCAGCGCACUAUCGCUCCCAUGUUCUGAUCUCAGCCCCCUCUUUCAAUAGUAUAAGUGCUCAAUGCUACUUCUCGACAUGGACGCUAUCGCCAUCGCGCUGGUCCUCAACCUUUUGCCCCUAUGCGUUCGAUUUAAUGGCGCCACCGGUCUGCAAGUAUUUAUAUACCCAUGAGCGCUAGGAUACAACUACUGUUAUUUGCAAGUCACGAAGUGGCCCAACGUGGGUGCACUUCAGCGCCUGUUGCCUGCAGGGUACACCAUGGGCGAGACAUCAAACGCACACUUCCUCUCUCCCACCUACCUCCUACAUCCAUUUCCACACUGUAUACCGGCACCCUCAACACCAACCAAAUCGCAAUGACUGAAACUAUCUUGAAUCAAGGAUCUGGCUCAGGACCUGGAUUCUUCAAUAGGGCUCAAAAUACCAACGCAAGCGGAAGCCAUUUUGUCGAGGUUGGCACCGUCAUCGGUGGUCAUUUGCACAUCAACAAUGUCAACAAUCGGUUUCCUGCAGCUCCCACUGUGCAGUACAAAGACCUGGACACUUUGCCUUCAUUCAACGGUGCACCUGAUCUCUUAUCUACGCAUCGAUGUACCGUCUACAGGAUGCCUGGACUGGGAAAGACACAGUUUGCCUUGAUGUUCGCC